AUGAAUAACAUAUCCGCAGCUGUGAACUUUAACUUACUACAAUCGACACAACAAUCUACAAGAAUACAGACUCAACAUAUCAUUUACGGCUCAGCCAGAAAUCCAUUUAAGAUGCCGAAGCAUUCGCCUCGGUCUCAAAAGAAGAGCGUGGAGGACGCAGAAGUGCUGAUCAUGUCGGCCCCCCAUACGGCGCCAGGACGCAAGAUCCAAGUCAGCGCAAAGACGGCGAAAGUCUUUGCAAAGCUCUUUGACAAGGCCCGUCAACGUCGUGUUCUGGGCUGGGAGAGCUUCAAAAUGGCCAUGGGGGAACUCGGGUUUUGUGUUACGCCGGAGAAGGCAUCCCGAAGCAUUUUCAAGCAGCCGGCAAGCCUGGGGCGCCGGGGGGGCAAGUCCGUGAUAGUCAGGAGGCCUAAUGGAGGCCGAUGGGACUCCCGCGGAACGACUCGAUUGGGCGGAAAACUUGCGGGCGUGUUUGGAUGGAAUAAAAACACAUUUGAAACGGCCUCACUCAGUACUGCAACUGAUUGA